AUGCACCAUUACGAGUCAUACGUUGCUGCCCAAAGCCAAAACAAUCCCUGUUUUGCAAAUAUUCAGCGCUUUCUUGCCGAGUCGACUCCUGAACGAGAUACAUGCCGAAUAGCAAGCUUCGAUUUCGUAUGCAACGACGCGGGAAGCGCGGACCUGCGAUAUUGUUUGCUACAGCCGGAGGAUUUGGUAUCAGCGGUUUGUCCUUUGGAGGAUGGUUUGAAAGGCCGGAUACUAGUUGUGGAGGACCUCUCGCGCGAUGUGGUCAACACGCUAGGGUCGACGCUUGAGAUUGACCCCCUCUUCUUUGCGCUGCACAUUCAUGCACCCUACCGAGCCAUUAGCGCUCAGACACCAAACCUGGCAAUGCUACCCUCAAGGAUCCGACGCCAAAACUAUGUAAGCGUCCAGUAUCAUCGACCACUCGAACUUCCGCCACAGUUCGGGCCGGAGCGAAAAUUGGUUCGCGCAACGAAUGUGUGCAGGAAAGUGGCGGUCUUGCCGCCUACUCGCAAUACCUGUAUUGGCCUAGUGCAGCAUUGCUGUUCUAUCUACUUCUGCGAGAAGACAGAGAACCGUGCCUAUUGGCUAUGUUUAAUACUAGCGGACCCGCCUAUUUCCCAUAACCGGCUUUUAAUAUCAGAAAAUGAAAAUGAUCGCAAGAGUGGCGUUAAUCUCAGUAUUGAUAUCAAGCACUUUCUUCGUGGAUACGAGGACUUCUUGAGCCCUGUUCCAGUAAACCCCAGAAUGGCGGCAAUGCAGACACUCUCCCGUGAAGGCCUCCUGGGGGAUUUGCUGUAUUUCUGGACUCGAGAAUUGCCAGCCAAUCUUGAUCUAGAUAAUCCAACGUUGCUCUCCUUGAGUGUGUAUCCGUUGAAAAUUGUUGCGGCUGAAUGGAACAACUACCUGGCGGUCAUGAGCUACCAUAUCAAGAAAUAUGAAUACCUAAUUCAAGGCCAGCAAGUCGAUACACAAGACCUGGAUAAAUUGAAUAUCGAUCUUGAUAGCCUUCAAACUUGGCGCCGCCGAAGCCUUGCAUCACAGCAGAAAAUCGCUGCCAUCAAGCUGUUUCUGGAGCAUCAAGCAAAGAACAGGGAUAAGGAGUAUUCCGAAGACAUUGAAGACUUAUCAGUCGACUUUACCUCUAUAGAGAGGAAUCUGAAUCGUUACUCUGAACUCCUUGAAAGCAUGUUGCCUAUUGUAAUGUCGCUGUUUCAAGUUUCGGAUAGUCGUCGGUCCUUUCUAGAGGCAGCAAAUGUGAGCCGGCUUACCUUUUUGGCAUUUGUUUUCGUCCCCCUGAGCUUUACGAGCAGUCUAUUUAGCAUGAAUUCGGACAUUGCACCUGGUGGUCGUAACUUCUGGAUAUAUAUUGUCGUCGCAAUAUUGAUAUCGGCAAUAGUGUUCUUGCUCGCCCGUCUACCUGCGAACUCGUUUCGUUGGAUUAUGACUCGAUUCAGAGAUCCUCGACAAGGGAUUUCACCGGUGUAA